UAAUAAUAUAUUAAUUUUAAAUAAUUUUUUAAUGCAUAAUGUAUAAACAUUGUAUUCAUUUUUAGUUGUGUUUCACUUGUAUGAUAUUAUUAAUUUUUUGUUAGAUAUCAAUUUUUUUCACAAGAUCUAACCAACCAAACAAGUAAAACCACCAUAAGCUAAAAUAAUAACUAACACACAUGUGAGAAGAAGAAAAUCUAUACAAAUUUUUUUCAAAAAGUUUCAAGAGUAAAACUAAUCAAAAAAUUUUGCAAUAAGUUUCAAGUAUAUAGUUAUUAACACAUCAACUUUUGAAAUUUAUCCAAGACCACUAAAAUUUUACUAACAUACAUUGUAAAAUAAUUAAAUCAUGAAAAAAAUAUGAUGAAUAAUACACAAAUGCACUUUUAAUAGAAUUUAAGACGUAGACUUCAGCUGCAGUCUACAUUUGUAGAUUUACAAAGACGUCUACACUUAUUAUCUAACAUAUAGUCAAUCCAAAAAUUUCUAGUGUACUUGGCGCUGGCUUGAGACACAAAGGCAUACAAAGUGUGUCUUAGAUAACUCGAUCAAGUUCCGUACUUGUUGAUAUUUUGUGACAUGCAUAAGAGGAGUAUUUGCCUAUUUGAAGUCAUUUGUUGUAAAAUGAUGUUUGGUAAGGAAUAUGUUAGCACCAUCUUCUCGAUUUUCUUGUCCAGAUCAUAAUAUUCUUGUGCUAUUUCAAGAAGUUCACCAUGUGUACAACUAUCAUGCACAAGGAACAUUCUUCAUCCUUUCCGAUUAUUGAUCACAAACUCCCACAAAGAGUCUUUCACCACCCAUUCUCCGUAUACAACAGGUAACAGAGCCAUUUUCAGAAAAAAAUACAGUUUACAUAAUUAGCAGAGAAAUAUUUUAUGUUUCAUAAAACUAUAUAGGUAGACUUACAAAUACAUCUACAAUUAUUAGCUAACAACAUAGUCAAAUCAAAAGUAUUAUACUUUGAUAAUUAUGGGUUUGAUUGGUGACAUGUGGUAGGAUUGAUUAAGUUUGAGUUAAGCUUGUAACUCAAAAAUGUUACCAAUCAUGCAUUAAAUUUAUUUUUUUGAUUUUAAGUUUGAUUUAAGAUGUGUUGUGGUUGAGUUACAACUUUGACUUAAACCCUUCAUAAAAUUGUUAACUCAAAACAUAAACCUACAUCAACCAAAAUCCUAUGUUUUAAAUAAGCUUAAGUUGAGAUUUUCUAUCUUCUUCUUCUUUACGUGCAAAACAUAUUUUCAUUUUUACUUGAGCUUUAUAUAUUGUUUAAAAAUAACAGAGUACCUUUUUAUGUUUAUUAAUUUUUGUUUAUUCUUUUGGAUGAAGAUGUCUAAUAAUGAAAAUGUUAAUGAUGUUGGUGCUGGUGCUGAAGACGGCGGUGGAACUACUCGUCGUAAGGUAAAUUUUAUAAUUGAUAUGUUAAAUUUAAAAUUAUAUGAAGUUAUAAUAUUUUAAUUAUUUUAACAUAACUAUAGAAACAAAAACAAAUUAUAUGGGAAGAUGAGCAUAUUGGGAUAUACUUGGAGCUUCUAGAUAUUGAGUUGGCUAAAAUUAGAUACAGACAAAAGUUACCGAAAGAAGUGGGGAGAGAACGUAUUUGUAAAGAAUUUUUGGAGAAAACUGGUAUAAGUCUUCCUUGGGAUUCUUUCAAGAGCAAGUACGAUACAUUGAGAAAUAUGUAUGGAUCGUAUAAAAGGCUCAAGAAUUUUACCGGAGUUUCAGCAGAUGAUAAUACCGGUUUCAUUGAGAUGGAUUCCGAAUGAAGCUCAGCCAUUUAAAGAAGCAUAUGAAAUCCUGAAAUCAAUUCAAGGUCUGACAAGGUGGACAGAUUUUUGGUGGUCUUGCAUCAAAGUGCUAAAAGAAGAUCCAUUUGCCCGAGAAAUGAUUUUCUACAACGAAAGUGAUCAUGAUAAGAUUACAUUUUUGGAGGGUUAUACAGGAUAUGAUCGCCAUGGAGCUUUCUCCGGAGAAUGUUUCAAGGCUUUGCAACAUUGCCAUGGUGAUCCUCCAAGUGCCAACCGAGAGCAAAACAUCACAAGAACAACCAUGGAGAGUCAUAAGGAAUUUGGUGUCCCAUCUAAUUCAGAACUAAUGUCAUUGUUUGAAGAAAUAGGAUACAAACGUGGAUUUGGGAAUAAUGGUGGUGGGGGGGGGAAUCGAGUGAGACAAGAAUUAAUCUUGAUGAUUAAAAUCUUAUUUUAAUAUUUAUUUUCAAUUAGAAAAAAGUUAUAUUUAUUUGUUUUAUUUUAAGAUUUAAUAAAUUAUUAUUUUUAGUGAAUAUAUCUUUCAUGAUAGUCAACAUUAUUCUAAUUUUUUUUCCAAAUCUUCUACAUUUUUGCAGAUCAUACGAUUAAAUGAGUUAUAUUCUCGAGGUUUAGAAAAUCUUACAAAUGAAGAGUUGCUAGAGCUGUAUGAUCUAGAAGAUGAAGAGUAUAUUGAUAUGAUUCUACAACCUUUGAUGGAGUAUUACAAGCGUCAUUUUUCCAAGCAACCAAUGGUACUUGAACGGGGACUGGGUUGGCAAAAUCUUGAGAAUCAGAUUCAUAAUAAUCCAAACCAUUGCAUGAACAUGCUAAGGAUGCAUCCAGAAGCAUUUCAAAACCUAUGCACAACGUUGGAGCAUCGUCACAACUUAAAGAGUACUGAUCAUAUUAGUGUUGAUGAGAUGGUGGCAAUAUUCCUCGUUACGUGUGCCCAAAAUGAUACACAACGGUAUGUUGGGUUGUCUUUUGGUCGUUCCCAGGAGACUAUCUAUCGAAAGUUCCAUGAAGUGUUGGAUGCAGUGGAGAGUCUUGCAUGUGAGUACUUAAAAACUCCAACAAUGGCGUCGCUCCAGCUUUAUCCACGUAAGUUACGAGAAAAUUCAAACUAUUGGCCUUUUUUUAGUGGAUUUAUUGGGGCACUAGAUGGAACACAUGUCAGAGUUAAGGUCGGAGGUAGUGAUGCGGUUGGAUAUUGGGAUAGACAUGGACAAACAAGCUUGAACAUAAUGGGCAUAUGCGAUAUAAACAUGAUCUUCACGUAUGCAUGGCUAGGUGCAUCUGGUUCUACACAUGAUUCAUUGGUGUUGCAGUAUGCAAUAGAUGGAGACCCUAUAUUCCCUAGACCUCCUAUAGGUAAAUACUAUCUUGUUGAUUCUGGAUAUGCCAAUAAACGAGGAUUUCUAGCUCCAUACAGAGGAAGCAGCAGAGAAAAUAUCAGAUAUCAUCUUUCUGAAUUUGAUGAUGGUCCUCCUAGGAACAAAAAAGAAUUGUUCAACAAAUGGCAUGCAUCACUUCGCUCAGUCAUUGAAAGAACAUUCGGAGUUUGGAAAAAGAAAUGGAGAAUCCUUGACAAUUUGCCUCGCUACGACGUCAAGACUCAAAAUAGGAUUGUGCAUGCUACAAUGGUUCUUCACAAUUUUAUCAGGCUUCACAAAAUUCCAGAUGCUGAUUUUGAAGAUAGAUAUAGCAGUGGUCAAGAGGAACAAAGACGACGAAUCGAAGAAGAAGAGCUUAGUAGACUUGAAGAAGACGAAAUAACAACUGAUGGUCAAUAUAUGAACAACAUAAGAGAUGAGAUUGCAAACAUGAUUUGGAACGAACAUUUGUAAUUUUUUUCUAUUAUUUGGUUUUUUAAUUUAAAGUUCAUGCUAAUAAUAUUAUUUCAUUUAAUUUAACUUAUUAUUGAUAUUAAAAUAAAUAUUAUUAGUAGUUAUUAUAAUACUUAGAAAAUUAUAUAUACUGAAAAUUAUUUUUUAAACUUUUAUACUUAUUUUUUAAAAAAUAUUUUUAUUUAUUUAAAAUAUAGCUUAAUAAAAAAAUGUUUAUUUCUCUGUUUUUAUAUUCAAUUUUUUUAUUCAGAACUCUUACUGCAACUUAUACAUCAAAAAUGUUACCAGUCACAAAUUUUAAUAAAAUGAUAACUUUUAUUUUUACUGCAAAACUUACCACAUAAACUUACCGUUUUUACCACAUACUUUUUACUGCAAGUUACAUCGAACUAUAAAUCAUAUUGUAAUUCAACUCUAAUACUACAUGUCACCAGUCGGAGCCUAUAACAGAUUUUCUUUUCAAAAUCACUCGAACCCAUUAUGAUUAACUAAUACACACUGUCAAACAGAAAAAAAUGCUUAAAAACUUAAUGAAUAAUAUAAAAAUUCACUAUUAAUAUAUUUUUUAUGUAGAUUCCAUAUUCAAUCUACAAAGAUGUAGACGUUCUUUACAGUUUACUAGUGUAGACUAUCAAAUAGGUCUACUCUUUAGGUUAGUUUUUGCAAUUGAAAAUUUUACGGGUUAAUUUCUAUAUUUGAAAAAAAAUUGUGAUUUUAUACAUGUAGACUUUCAUUUCAAUCUACACUUCAAAAUAGUUAGUUUUUUUCAAAUGACCAAAAUUCACCCAUAAUUUGACUUUCGGAAGUAGACUUCAUUUGCGGUCUACAUUUUUGAUUUUUUUAUAAAGAGGUUAGUUUUACAAUUGACCAAAUUUGACUUUCUACGAGUAAAUGGAAACGAACAUCUACAUAUUUUUAUACUUCGUUUGAAGUCUACUCUAAAAAUCGACGGGUUAGUUUUGCAUUUGACCAAAAUAAAAUAGUAGACUUCACAUGUAGUCUACUUUUUUUUUCUAAGUUAAGAAGACUGCAUAUGAAGUCUAUGGUUUAAUAAAAUUUUAAUUAAAUUUUUAAACUUUUUAGUCAAACACAAAACUAACAUAUUCAACAAAGUCAAAGUUUUGGUCAAAUACAAAACUGACAUUUUGCAAACUUCUCAGGCAGUCUACACUUCGUGACUUCCGUUGAAGUCUAAAUAGACGUCUUAGUAAGUCUACCUAAAUUUUUGUUUUUGUUGUCAAAUAUAAAGACGAAGACUGCCGGGGAAGUCUGCGGUACAAAAAAAAUUCGUUUAGUCAAAUGUAAAACUAACAUGUGCGUUGGCAAGUAGACUGUAUCGUAAGUCUGCAUAUAUGCGUAGACAUACAAAACAGUCUACUAUCUCGACACAGAUCUGAAAAAUGAUGAAAACCAUGUAAAUAGUAAUCUUUUUCUGGUGUAAAGUUCGUUUCCAACCUUCUCAACCGUCCAAACUCCAAAUAUGAACAAAAAGAACCGCCUUUAACGAUUCACUAAUGAAAAAACUCGAAAAUAUGAAGUUUGUGUUUAUGAAAAUGAAUGUUAUGAGAGUUUUUUAGAUGGAAAGGUAGAAGAAAUGAUAGGAAAUGAAGAUUUGUUGGUUUCGAAUGAGAAAUAAAGUGGUUGAAAACUGAAUUCUAGAGCUUUAAGAGCUCAAAAAUGGUGGUUCAUGAUGGUUGGUAAUAUUGAUGAUAAUGACAUUAUUGUAAAUAAGAAGAAAGGAUGUGGGUGUAUUUCUUUUUUUGUGAAUUGCGAAAUUAAUAAAAAAAAUUAAAUAAUAAUGGCAAUUUUGUAAAUAAUUCAAAAACAUAGGGGAUAAUAUAGAAGAUUUAUUGAUGAAUAGUAAUGACAAAAAAAAGAGGUUGGUUUUGGAUUUGACUUGAAAAGAUGGAUUGGUUUUGAAAAACUCCUUUUUUUUUGUCAAUGUCGUGAUUUUAAUUUUGAUAGACUCAAAAAAGAGAAGGCAAGUGUGUACGUGGGUUAUCUUAGGAAAAAAUUGGGAAAAAGAGACUUUAAACUUUGAUUUGUCAUAAUAGGAUUUGUAGAACAUGUUUUAGGAAAAUAUGAUUUUAAUUCAUGUAAAUACCAUACUACCCUUAAUUUAUCAAUUAAGUUGAAUUAUUAUUAUAAAUUAUAAUUUUCGUGAUUGAUUUUAAAUGUUAAAAUAUUAAAAUAUUAAAAAAUAAAAAAAAUUUAAAAUAGACAAAAAGGGAGAUGCGGCCAUCCUGAUACCCUAAUUUAUUUUUCUCCUUCUCUUCUCCGCCGUAGAGUUGUGGCUCUUCCAUGGUGAUUUAGGGUUCAACGGAGAGAAGCCUUGUUAUUCGUCGGUGUUUCAUCUGCAUGUAGUCUCUAAUAUCGUCUUCGACCUCCUCCUCUUCGAUCUCAUUGAAGAUACAACGAAAUCCAAGUGUUCUUCCUCUUCAUCGGACAGGUCAAAUCAUAUUACGAAGUGUUCUUCCAUCAAUUUCGUCAAAAUCUCACAUUUCUUCACACAAGGUAUGCGAUUACUUCUAUUAAUUCUCAUCUAAAACGAAAUCGAAGUGUUCUUCCAUUAGAUUUAAAAAAAAAAACAAUUUGUCAUGUUUCUUAAAGUAAAUUCGUUUCACGGGUCGGUUAAACAUCUUAUACAUCACGAUUAGGUCUUUGCAUGUUAAAUGUUUCAUAUUUGUAUUUGAAGAAUAUCAAUUAAGGUUUUUGGAAAGGGAGAAAAUUUGGUUCUUAAAAUCUUAUACUAGUUGUUGUCCGAUUGUGUAUGUUUUCAUGUAGAGUAGAUGUUGUCCGAUUGUAAUGUAGGCUAGUUGUUCUUCAAUUGUGUUUAUGCUCUUAGAGUAGUUGUCGUCCGAUUGGAACAUGUGUUCUAAAAUAUGUACUUUCAUAGUUUUUUCUCUCGCUCCAAUCGCUUUUUUCUUUGAUUCUAGACAUGAUUGUUGUUGAUUGAUCGAUUGAACAAAUUUUUGUUCUUUUUGAAAUUAGAACUAGGCGGAAUACAUAUUAUAGGAUCGGUAGAAUGUAAAUGUAAAAUCCGCUUUAUUUUGCUCUCAUUAUUUUUGUGAUGAUAUUGAUACUUUAACAUGUUGAACUAACAAUUUUUUCAUGGCUUCUAGAUAUGUUUGAGGAGUUACCAAAGAGGAUUUUUAAGAAGGGCGAGGAGCCUCCAGUGACUCAGAUCAAUAACAAUUGCAGGAUCGACUACAUUAUGCGAAAGUUUGAAACGUGGCUGCCAAAGGUGUUGGAUGUUGUGAAGAAAGAUCUGGUUUUUUUCCCAGAUUAUUAAGCUCCAGGAGAAUAGUCUUGAGUACUCCGCAAGAGUGAUACACAGCUUCUUGUGUAGGGAGCUGGUGACUUACAAAUUGCACGAGCUUUGGUUUGUCUUUGCGAGGACACCACUUCGAUUUUCAUUACAAGAGUUCCAUGCAGUAAUCGGGUUUGAGUGCAAUACUCGUAUCUCACUUAAGGAGUUCGAAGAUUGUAAAUAUGAUGAUGGUUUGUGGAAAAAUGUGUUGAGGAGAAAAGAUGGAAUAAUUACACUCUUCAACAUGUAGAAUAAGGACAAAGAAGCUGUUAAGAAGUGUAGGAAUGCAGAUCACAUACGCCUGAUCUACCUGGUCAACAUUCUUUGUGUGGUUUUAGCGAGAGAUGAGAAGGCUAAUAUCCCCCUCAAAUACAUCACGAUGGUCAUGGAUCUUGAGAAAGUUCGAAAAUAUCCUUGGGGAGUUGCUGCUUAUGACCUUCUCUGCAAGUCAAUAGCUAAAAAUCGUGACAAACUGAAGGAUAAGACUACUAGUUAUGUGGAAAAUAUCCUUGGGGAGUUGCUGCUUAUGACCUUCUCUUACGCCUUGCAGAUUUGGGAAACAGAAGUUGUACCAAAGAUUGAGAAGCUUUGUGGAAAAAAACCGGAGAAAAGUUUUAAGAACAAUCCUAGAUACACAAACUGGAUGGAAGCUGCAAAUGUGUCAUAUGAGGAGAUCAUUUGGUUGGAUGUUAAUGAUGAAGGACAAAACAUGUUUCAAUCUAACUGUUUAUUGGAUGUUAAUGAUGAAGGACAAAACCUGUUUCAAUCUAACUGUUUAAUGGAUGUUAAUGAUGAAGGACAAAAUCUACCUGUUCAAAUGGAUUGAUAAGUCAGUUGUUGAAGAAAUUGAAGACUUCUAGGACAUGUUUGACGUGCUGCCCGUUGACAAUUCCGAGUUUCAGAAAUCAAAGAGAGCUGGUGAUGCCAUGAUGAAACACCAUGAGAAUAUAAUUGAAGAGAUGGAAGAUGUAAUUACACAUUGCGAAGAAAAGAUCACAUAAUGCAUUAGGGAAUUGAGGAUCAUAAAAUCUUUGUUUGUGUGUUGUUUGGUGAUGGUCUUCAUGUAUCUUACCUAUGCAUGAUGUUCAUGUGAUGCCUCAAUUUAUUUGGUGAUGGUCUUCACUAACAUAGAUCAAUUUAUCUCAAGAGUUUAGCAAAUACCAAAUUGUCAAAUAUGUUCCUAAACAGAAGAUCAAUUUGUUACAAGAGCAAUAAGAAAAAAAAACAGAGACAUAAGAACACACUGAACAAACUAGAUGGGUAAAUUGCAUGUUCCUUUCUUGCGUUCUUCGGUACCACAACGGCUGCACUUGUGCUUUUUAUUCUUUCUUGAUCCUUGAGAAGAUUUUAUCUUGUCUUCUACUGAUUCAUACCUUCUCAUUAUUGGUUCGACCAACACUCUUUCUUGUCUUUAGUGGUAAAACCUUAGUAAGUUUAACCUCAGCUGGAAAAUUCAUUCAGACUCUAGAACUGCUAUUGGAUUAAUGCAUUCCGCAUAGGCGAUCUGAAGUUGUUAACCUUGUAAACCUGAAAUUCUUUUACCUUCAAAAUUCUCCUAUCAAUCUUUGUCUCCACCUUAGAGUUUAAAGGAUCAAGAUGCUUCGAGCUUAACAUUACCUCUUUCCCUUUAGUAAUUAGGGUUUUGGGUUUAGUUUAUGGAAUGUUUGGGUUGACGUUGGGGUGAGCAUUACAUCUUUUCCUGCAAUCAUAGACAUUUCAAAAUUUAUACAAUAUAUAUUAUGUUAUUUCGUUUAUUACAAAUUAGCAUGUUCUAUUUUAUCUAUCUUUUAUCACACACGUUCCUUUAUAAUCACUGUCAUCUUUUAUACACUUCAACAUCAUUUAUUUACCGGUAACUUGUAUAAAAGAAGGAUAUAACCGGAAGAAAAAGAAACAACAGCUAUGAAAUCUAAUUAUGUCAAAAUCAAUGAUAUAUCUUUAAUUUUGUCUCCAAAAUUGGCUAUUGCACCAAUUAACUCUAUUAGGAACUCUAUUUUUUACUCAGAUAUAUCCAUCAUUUAAAAUAAUAGAAAUAUGAAUAACCACUAAAUUUGUAGGAACAAAAUUAUUAUUGGAUUCUUAUCACCAAUGAAAACUAAAAAAAAUUAAAUCUACAGCAAAAUACGAUUAAAAAAACAAUCAAUUUGAUAAAAAAGGAAAGCAAAAUAUUAUUCAAUAUUUACAAAAUGAGAUAUCACAUAAAAAAUAGAGGAACAACUUAAAACACAGUAUAUAAUAAAUAAAGUAAAAUCUAUAGAAAAUGAUUUAUUAAACCAAGUAUGUUCUGAUUUACCAAACGCUUUUUGGAAAAGAAAACAACAUAUGGUUGAACUCUUAUAUAUAGGUGGAAGCACUGUGGCCUAGUGGUCAAGGUUUAAAGGCUUCUACACUCAGAUCUAGGGUUCAAACCCUAGACAACGCAAUUUUUACAGGAAGAGGUCUAGGUUUCCUUUCCCGGAGAAGGGGAAUUAUGCAGAAAAUUAGAGAAAAUGCUUUCAAGAGAUCUUCAGCAUGGCGCAAGGAGUACCAUCAGGAAUGGAUCUCAUAGGGCUAUUCUGGGUGAUGCAGUCAGGCGUGAAUCCUCAUAAGGCAGGUAGAAUUGUCUGCUGUAAUAUCAUCUAUAUAAUGUUUCUCAUAAUUUAUAAUAGCAUAAUUAACCAGACAAAAUAAACUCCUAUAUAUAAAAUAAUUCAAUGAAAAAAAUAUACCAACUAAAGCACGACCAAUAGUGGAAGCUCCCUUAGUCCAGUGGUUUGACUAAGGGUUCAUUAAUGCUUCUACACCAGGAGGUUUAGGGUUCAAAUCUCAGAAAAACGCAAAUUAUGCAGAUUAUAGAGAAAAAAGGUUACAAGAAGUCUUCAGCAUUGUGCAGAACGUAUCAUCGAAUAUGGAUCUCAUAGGGCGGCUCGAAGUGACGCAGUCAGACGUGUAUUCUCAUAUGGUUGUAGAAUUGUCGGCUGUAGAAUCGUCUCUGUAAUAUUUUUCAGCGUUGUAAUAACAUAAUUAAUCAGACGUUAAAAAAAAAACACGACCAAUACAAAUGAAUAAAGAAUUUUUACAACAUUGUAAAAAUGAAAUAAAAUAUCUACUAAAUGAAAACGUAAUAAGACCACUCAAAUCCCCGUGGAGUUAUUCGCCCUUUUACGUAUUAACCAAGCUGAAAGGGAAUGUAGAGUACCACGUUUAGUAAUUAACUAUAAACCAAUGUGUGAUAACAAGGCAUAAUGGACAAUUUAAUGGGAGAUGACAAGGCAUAAUGGGCAAUGUGGAAAGAGAUAGAGAGCCAAAAGGCGAUAUGCAAUUGUUCAACGGAUGAUGUACAUUGUUCAACGGGCGAUUUGGAGUCUCGAGGAGUUACGGGGGACGUAGAAUGGGCAAUGAGAAAGAGCGAGAGAGGAGUUGGCGAUGAGGAAUGGGCUAUGAGGAGCGGGCGAUGAAGGAGAGUGAGAAAUAGAGUUGGCGAUGAGGAGGAGACAGAGAGACGAUGGGGGAGAGGAGAGAGGAGAAGAGAGGCGAUGGGGAGAGGAGAGAGGCUAGAGAGAGGCGAUGAGUGAGGGAGAGAAAAUGAGGGCGACGAGAGAGAGGCGAUGAGGGAUAGUUAAUGGAUAUGAGGCCAUCCUCUUGCCUUGGCUCGUCUCUGCCGUUCUCUGAUGAUGUUUUCGUUUAGUUUGGAAUUGUUUUGCUAGUUUCAUGAAAGUUUUAUCUAUAAAAUUUUCCAAGUUUGUUUUACGAAAGAUUAUUUCAUAAAAUUUGUUUUGUGUGUUUUACGAAUGUUUUUCCUUAGAAACUUUUCGAAGUUUGUUUUGCGGAAAAUUGUCUCGUAAAAUUAUGAUAUUGUCGUAAAAACCUCCUCAGAGAAAGUUUUUCUGAAUAAUUCUUGUUUAGUUAAAAAUCUCUUUAUCUUUUUUCUGAGGAAGAAAUGUACGGAAUUUUUUCUACAUAUCUUCGUUCAAUUCUCGGGUGAUUUUAGCCAAUAUUACAUUGUACAUAUUGUAAAUCAUCCAUAACCUGAACCCAAAAUAUAUCUAUGCUCCAGCAUGCAAUGUGCAUAAGACAUUAACCAAACCUCGUCAAACCUUUCUUGGCUCAUCGACAUAGUUCAGAUGCAAGGUCUAAAGCGCAUAGACUAAGUUUACAAUUUAAAGCUCUUUCCUCCAUAGUUACAAAUGCAAACUUUUUUCUUUCUUUUAUAAUUUUCCAACCAAAAUAAAAUCAUCAGUAAAACUCAAUCCUUUUGUCUCUUUUUCAUAUUUCCUUCCCCUGUACUGUAACUGAUUGGCUUCUGAAAUCUCCAUCCUAAUCUAAAAAAAAACAAAAAUUACAGAAAUUCUAAUUACCUAAUGUUGCUCUCCUCUGCUUUUAUUGUCGGCAUUGUGGCUAAGAUGGAAAAACAUCAACAAGCAUUGUUUGAAAUUGAGGAGAAACAAGCCAGGGUCCAGUCGCAAUGUAAUGUUCAUAAGACAUUAACCAAACCUCGUCGAACCUUUCUUGGCUCAUCGACAUAGUUCAGAUGGAAGGUCUAAAGCGCAUGGUAGUUUACCAUUUAAAGCUCUUUCCUCCAUAGUUACAGACGCAAACUUUUUUCUUUCUUUUAUAAUUUCCCAACCAAAAUAAAGUCAUCAGUAAAACUCAAUCGUUUUCUCUUUUUUUUUCAUAUUUCUUUCACCUCUACGGUAACCGAUUGAUUUCUGUAACUCCAUCCUAAUCUAAAAAAACAAACAAUUUGCAGGAAUUAUAAUUACCUAAUGUUGCUCUCCUCGGAUGGAAGAACAUCAACAAGCAUUGUUUGAAAUUGAGGAGAAACAAGCCAGUGUCCAAAUGCAAGCCAAUGUAUCUCAUCGGAAUCAUUGUCGAAAGUGCUUCGGUGAUGUUGAGAAAGAAAGAGGGCUUCGGUGAUGGUGAAUUUUAGAAUAAAAAAUUAUUUGUAAAAUAUAAUAAGGAGACUAGAAAAAAUCUAAAUGCUUUAGUGAAUUGUUAAGGGAAUAUGCAAUGUGAACUCAACUAUUAUGGAAAUGAGUACAAAAUUGUUCUCGUAUGAGAAAGUACUUAUUUAUGAAAAGAAAGUGCAUUAAAGUGACUUAUAUCUAUCUAUACUAUACUAAAAGGCCAAUAUGCUGAGUCCCUAGGCUGCCACAUCACCAAAAAUAAUCAGCCAAUCAGAACAUUUCGUUUGGACAUGUCAAACAGGCUUAAGUCGCUUCUGGGCUUCACGUUUUCAUUUAAUUUGGAGUGGGCUGGGCUUUGUUUGCAUCUUCUUUAGCCUCUCUUUUUUUUUAAUUUUACGUGAUGCUAAUAAAGAGUGAGCGAUAGGGCAUUAAGGCUGAAUCACAUGCCAAUAAUAAAGUGUGUGUUAUUAAAGCAACCAACCAUAUUAUUUUUUCAUUACUUAGUGAAUUUUUUUUGUAACAACAAUAUUAUUCAACAAAAUUACUUAGUGAAUAUUUUUUAGUUUGAGUCUACUUCUGUUUAUUUUUAGUGUUGGAACGUAAAUCUAAGAUUAACCGUUUAAGAAGAAAAAAAGUUGAAGUGUCUUGGAUUCGUUUGGUUUAGAAACUAUUCCCACUGUUUCAAAUUGUAAGUAAUUUUACAUAAAAAUACUAUUAUUUAAUACUCAUAAGUUUAACCAAUUAUAAAAAAACAGAAAUAAUUUAAUUAGUCACACAAUAUUCAACAAAGACAAAAGUGCAUUAAAAUGUUCAAACUAAUUAUAUUUUGAAACAAAAACAAUCUUUCUCAAAUUAGCUACUUAUGAAAUAGAGGAAUAAUAAGUACUCUCUCCGUUUCAAAAUAAUACAUGUUUUAGAAUUUUAACACUUUUUAAUAAAAUAUAUUAGAACUUAGUUAUAAAUACAUAGUUUUUUUGUAAUUUAUAUUUCCUAUAUUUUUAAGCCAAUAAAAAUUUAAAAAUAUAAUUAAUGUUUUUAAACUUAACAAUUUUUCAUUAUUAAUUUACAAAAUUUGAAUUAAAAAUAUAAAAUAUGUAUUUUUGAAGAAAAAAAAUUUCUCUGGAAUAUUCACAUUUUUGAAAAGGAGAGAAUAUGAAUUUAUUCCAAAAAAACAAUGUUCGUCUCGCUCCCAGAAACAAAGGAGGAGUUAGUUUCCAGCAUUGUCCACAUCAUACAUGUUGUUUGUCUCCAUCAAACAUUUAUAAAUGAUAAUGUCAAUUUUAGUUUUCAAAUUUAAAAUAUUAAAGAAAAUAGUUAUCUUUUUAAGAUAAAUUUAAAAAGUGAUAUUUAAAUUUGAGGUAAAGUUUUAAAUUAAAUUCCCCAGAAAUCAGAAUAUGCAUUUGUUUCUCCAAAAAUUCUAAAAGUGAUCUUCAUGUAUAAAUGCCGCUUCUUUUGUUUUCAUUUUUUUCCUUCUAUGUUUUUAAAAUUAUUUUUUCAAAAAAAACUUUUGGUUCAUACACUAUUAUUCUUUGUAUUUAAUUAGCAAACAAUUUAUCCAUAAAUUUAUAUUAAUUUACAGAAGUCCGACACCAAAUAAGAUAUAAACUUAUCCUACUAUAUAAAAGCAGCUAUUUUGGAGACUUCUAAGAUGUGCCACAUAGGCAGAAAAUUCCUGGCCAAUCAAUCUACCUAUUCAUCUGAGACUGGACUGAUAUCUAUGUCAAUUAUGAAGCCCAAACAAUUUAUUUGAAUCCCAGUUAAUACUGAAGUCAGCCCAAUAUCCAUUUACGGUAUAUGAUACCAAGAAACUAAAAAACUCAUUCUAUUUUAUGAAAUUACAUGCUUUUGUUUAGUCUUUCGUCACAGUGACCGGAGGCAUGUUGAAUCACAAAGCUUCUCACGCAUCCCACUAUUAUGCUAUUUCAAUUGAGGUUCUUAGUGUUGUUCUAACUUAUAUUUAAAAAUAAUUUUUAUUAAAUGUUAUAAAUUUUAUUAUUAUCUUAAUAAAAUUUAAUAUAGAUUUGAUAUAUAUUAUAUCAAAUUGUAUAAAACUAAUAAAAAUGAUAUAAAAUUGUAUAAUUAUCAAACAUUUGGCCUAAACAAUAUUUUUAAAAUUUUGUAGAUAUAUAAGAAACUAAAUAUCAUAUGAUUAGAUAUUUAGAUGUUUAAAAAUUGCAUAUUUUAAAAAGCUUUAGUAAUACAAAUUGUAUAAUUAUAUAAAAAUAAUAAUAUUACUAAAUCUGGAAUGUUAUAUAUGAAUAUAUAUUUAUUUUAUAGAUGAUGCAUAAGAUAUUACCAACAUUAAAUAAAAUUAUCUGUCUCAUGUUUAUUUUUUUAAUUGUAGAGAUGACAUGUAGAAAAAUGCCCAAAAUGACCCUAAUACCCUAGAUAUAUAGAAAAUAUAAAAAUUUGAAAUAUAAUACAAUAAUUAUUUGUAGAUCCAAACUGGUACGUUUAACUUUAUGGGACAAAGAGACGUCUAAUUUCAGGGAGUUAAAUCCCAUAUCUACCAAAAAAACCAAAUCGUAAUCAUCCCAAGUAUCAUUCUACGGUUACAUGAAGGUAAUAAACUAAACAUAAAGUUUAUGUCAAACUAAAUGCUUACAAAUAUUUCACUUUUUCAGGGAAACUAUCACUCAUAACCACACCUGGAUCGCGCUUCUACUUUGACAACGAUAUUGAUAUCAUACAACGCUUCCAAAAGAGGAAUAAAUUGCUAUCCUAAACUUCAUAGCAAACGACACCAGUCAACUUUUUUAAAAUUUACGUUACAGCUUUCUACGUCAAUUAAAUAAGUACACUCAAAUAUUAUUUUCUCUUACGAAUAUUAAAUUCAUCAACAUAAUUUAUUAUUCAAACUUACUUUAGUUUAUAAAAAAAUGAUCACCGCUUCCAACGUCUUCGCAUUAUAAAAGAAACAAAACUUAACUUACACUUUCAGAAACAUCAAAACUCCCAAUCUUAAUUAAACUGUUCUUUAAUUAAAUAUGUAAUCCGCGCGAAGCGCGGACACGGGUUCUAGUAUAUAUAAAGUAAGCUUUGGAUCCCUCCUAGGCCAUCCACAUAGGCGGACACGUCAUCAAUUAGAAAAUUUUGAGGGCGACACGUGUCCUCUUUAAUGAAAUGCAUUGUUUCUUCUUUUCUCUAUCAUCUCAGACAUUUGUGUUCUACUUUUCUCAUCGAUAGCGAUGACCUUCCCGUUCCGUAACGGGGCGUUGUGAUUUCUACGCCUUUAAUCUUAGUGUCUUUAAUCUCAUUAAACCAGACGCCCACUAUGCUAGCUUCAGUUGCGUUGUUCAGUCGACGAUUUCAUGUAUAAAUAGGUUUGUAUCUCACUUCUCCGAAUGGUGGUGAAGAUUCCGCCGGCAGUCGAAAGCUCCUGGAAAGAUGUCUCCGGCGGAGGCUGCGGUUUCGCAAUGGCUACCUCAGUGUUAAUCAGAAUCCGGGAAGCUGAUCACAUGCGGCUCGACGGAUGAUCUAGGUCAGAUCUAUGUCACAUCAGGGAAGCACUGUUCGAGUUACUCUUUCAUAGGAGACUCCCGAGCCGUUUCCUCUGCCUCCGGAGGUUUGUGUACAGAAAGCUGAAGCUGGAUGGGAUCAUUGUGUGGCGGUAACAGAGAGCCAUGAAGUUUAUACAUGGGGAUGGAAGGAAUGUAUACCCACUGGAAGAGUGUUUGGACAAGUGGAAGGAGAUUCGUGUGAAAUGAACACCUCCUUCUGUGCAGAGCAAGGUUAAUCUCUUUUGCAUGUUAAAAUAUCUCAUGUAAUGACUGGUCUUAUAUCUCAUGUUCCAAGUGCUUCCAGAAGUUUCAACGCAGGUUCUCAUCUUCCACCAGUGCAUCAUGUAAUGAUGUAACACUGUUGGGAUUGUAAGGUAGUCCAUGUUGAACACAUUUCCAUUCACUCUCUCUAAGUAAUUUAAAGCCAAUCUCAUUCCCAUACGUUAUAACAAGUUAUUGGGUGUGUGGGUAUUAAUGGUGAGAUGAACAAACUGACAAAGCCUUUCUACUGCUGCAGUUUCUCAAGCGAUGGUUGCAGAUACUAAUUCCCUUUGUACUUAAACCUAUUUGACAUAUAAGACGCAGGGAUGGCAAACCAAAUAACCUUAACCUUUCAUGCCAAGCUCUCUAAGUUCAGACUUUUCAUCAAACCAUAAAUCAUUCACCCUAGCCCUGAUAUUAGAUCAGAACCAACGCCAAUUCCUACUUUUGAUGGACAGGUAGGUAAUGACAACUCGGGCAAUGAUAUGCCAGGUUCUGGAGCUGUUAAAAAACUUACACCACUGAUGGUGUAAAGACAUAAAGUGUGAACAGUUGUGUCGCUCUGAACAUCGUUGGCAUCGGUACUAUUGCUAUUAUUACAUAGUAUAAGUGAGUGAAAACCAUGUAAUGGUUAAUCUUCAAGAGUAUAGGAGUUUUAAACACUGUUGUGGACUUUAGUUGAUGCUCUACUACCACUUUUUAAGAGAAUCCUCUAGACAAAAGUAUUUUACCUCUUUCGGUCAUGCUAAUUAUUGCUUCUGAUUCUUUUUCCUUCUCGAUUUUUUGUACACAGCAAGGCAACUACGUUUGUACGGCAACUACGUUUGCUCUUUUUUAGAAAUGGCCAUGGGAUCUCUGAUUUUCUACACAUAUAUAUCUGAUACUUCAGUGCUUAUAAGUGCUUUUAUUUUUUUUUUAAACUUUUGUACGUUGCCAGGCAAACUACGUGCUUUUCUUAAAAGUGUUAAUGUGAUUUCAGUUUUUCUACUCUCUUAUAUAUAUAUCGGUUCCUAUAAGUGCUACUGGAUAUUUUAAUAAUUUUCGUACACUGUAAGGCAACUACAUUUGCUCUUAUAAGUGCAAAUUAAACUUCAUCAGAAAUACCAUUAGUCAUUGAGUGGUUACGUAAGAAUAGACCCAAGCUUCAUAACACUGUCAAAAUUUUGUAACAAUUAAAUUAAAAACAUUUUCCUGGAUCAAGACCCAUCCAUCUCUUUCUCUAGCUAUGGUGAAAAAAAACUUGCUGAAAUAGGUGAAUAUGUAAGUGAUUAAUCAAAAAAGAAACACAUCAACAUAGAAGAAACACAUCAAAAUAGAAACAACAAAUCUUUUGAUACAAAACAUAGAAGAAACACAUCAAAAUAGAAACAAAUGUAUUUUUUUUGGAAAAGCUAUAGAAAUAGAAGCAGUUGUUAAACAUUAAAUUUAACCAAGAUAAAAUUUCCUUGCGUAGGUCAACCCCUAGGAUAAACAAAAAAAAUUGUGAAAUAUGACAACGACAAUAAUAGUAGAAAUCAAACUAAAUACUCAAAACAAAACAUAUCAAAAUAUUUACACCGACAAAAAAAAAACAUCCCAUUAAAUUUUAACAUUAUAUUAUGAAAUUUAAUUAACCGUAACGAAAAAUCAAACAUCAAACAAUUU